CCAUCACUCAUCCAAGUCAUGAACACCCGUGGAUGUUCAUAUCAAGACAAAUGUCAUUUAUUUGUGAUUUUUGUGGCAUCCCCGGAGAUGGCUCCCCUUAUCUAUGUGCUACAUGUGACCUUGUUGUCCACAAGAAAUGCAUUUCAUUGCCACGCAACAUCAUGAUAACACGACAUCGUCACUCAAUUUCCCGUUCAUAUUAUCUUCGACAAAAUCAAGUUGAAGAUCGGACGUGCAGAAUUUGUUACAAGGAAGUUGGUAUAAGACAUGGCAGGUACCGUUGUUCUACUUCUGAUUGUGAUUAUAUUGCUCAUGUACAUUGUGCAACCGAUCCUGCAAUUUGGGAUGGGACAGCUGUCUUGGAUGUUAAUGAUGAGAUGUCUAAAGAAGCGUUGAGUGAAUCUUUGAAUUUGAUAACUGAUAAUCUGCUAAAGUUUAUGAAACAGAGAGGUGUCAACUUCACAAAUUGGUUAGAGGUAUUAAUUUCUCAAGUGUUUGCCCUAACACUCCCAUCUUUCCAUAUACCAUAUCUCAUUUUUCUAUCACUUUCACCAGAGGUACUCUGCCGAACUGAAGCAGUUUUAAUUCUUCUUCUUCUUCUUCUUCAUCUAAUGGCUCCCAUGGAGUCUGAGAGCAGGAAAGAGGGACAGAUGGAACUUCAACAUAUUGGCCAUGAACAUCCUCUAGUCUUAAUGCAUCAUCAGAUUGUUGCAAGUGAAGACGAAGAUGAAAGAGCAGGUUGUGGCUUUGGGUGUGGGAUACCUCUGGAGGGCUGGAUCUACGGCUGCAGUGAAUGUAAGUUUUAUCUUCAUAAGGGAUGCGCCGAGUUGGACUUACAACCCCGGCUCAACCAUCCUUUCCACCCACAACACACUCUCACUUUUUUGCCAAAAUCUCCUUAUAGUUGUGGUGAAUACGUGUGUAGUUUGUGUGGUGGGAUGUUUAGUGGAUUUGUUUAUCAUUGUGCUACUUGUCAAUUCGAUCUGGACAUCAACUGUGCUUUGCUUCAAUCAUCCAUGUCUGCAAAUUUUCCUAUUUCUUUGCACCCUCAUCCAUUGCUCUUCAUUGAAAACCAUAAUGAUCAAGUCAAGUAUGAUUGUUCCGGAUGCAUGAAAUCAUUAUCUGGUCCAAUUUACCACUGCCCCGAUUGUUCCUAUCCGUCGCACUUUAACCUUCAUAAGGAAUGUGGUGAACUACCCCUUGAGAUGAAUCACUCAUACGAUCGUAACCAUCCUCUUACUCUCUUGCCAAAACUUCCCACUCAUCCUGAGAAAUGUAGUUGCUAUCUAUGCAGAACUCAAUGGAGAGGAUUUGUUUAUUCUUGCUCUCUUUGCAACUUUGAUCUUUCAAUUGAUGAUUCAUUUUCACCACGAACAAUCACCCAUGCUAGUCAUGAACACCCGUGGAUGCUUAUGUUAAGAAAAAUGUCAUUUAUUUGUGACUUUUGUGGUACUGCCGGAGAUCACUCCCCUUAUCUUUGUACCAUAUGUGAUCUUCUUGUCCACAAGAAGUGCAUCACGUUGCCACGUAAGAUCAUGCUAACUCGACAUCAUCAUCUGCUUUCUCAUUCAUAUUAUCUUCAACAAAAUCAAGUUAAAGACUGGACGUGCAGAAUUUGUUACGAGGAGGUUGACAUGAGGUAUGGCAAUUAUUAUUGUUCAACUUGUGAUUGUGAUUAUAUUGCACAUGUACAUUGUGCAACCGAUCCUGUAAUUUGGGAUGGAACAAUUUUCCCUGAAGAUUAUGAUGAGAGCUCCAUGGAAGCACUGCUUGAAUCUUCCAACUUAAUUACUGAUGUUGUUGAACAAAUAAUUAUUGGAGAACAAAUGGUAGCAAGUGAGAUUAAACAUGCUUACCAUGUUCACAAUUUAACACUCACUUUUAGAGGAGAGAUCAACAAUGACAGCCAAUGUGACGGAUGCAUGAGGCCUAUCUCUACUCCUUUUUACAGUUGUGACCAAUGCAAGUUUUUCCUCCAUAAAGAUUGUGCGGAAUUGCCUAGAACAAUGCGACAUCCAUUCCACAAGCACUUACUUACGCUUACAAACUCACAUGCAGGGGAUGAAUAUUCGUAUUGCAGUGCCUGUGGGCUUAAAUACCAGGGAUUUGGCUACCGAUGUAACAAAAGUUUUUGCAAAUAUGAAAUUAACUUCGACAUUCGAUGCAUGUUAUUAUCGGACACCUUGAAGCACCCAAGUCAUGAGCAUUCACUUUUUCUUGUCCAUAACUUUAAAGGGGGUUGCAGUGGUUGUGGCACUGAAUUAGACUCCAUUGCAUAUAGAUGCAUGAAGCGUUGUGCUUUCACUUUAGAUAUUGGUUGUGCGACACUACCGCUCACUGCUUGGUACAAGUAUGAAAAACAUGCUCUUAAUCUGACUUGUUUUGAUGAUUCUGAUCCUUCUCAACUUUACUGUGAUCUGUGUGAGAAUGAAAGAUGGCCAAAUGACUGGUUUUACUAUUGUGUUGAUUGUGAUAAUUCUCUUCAUUCCAGUUGUGCCCUUGGCGAUCUCCCAUAUAUGAAGCUAGGAAACAAUCUUAGAUCUUAUUAUCAUCGACAUUCGUUGACCGUUGUGAAAAACAUCUGGAAUUGCCCUCCAUGUAAGGUGUGUGGUGAGCUUUGCAAUGGACAGGGCCUCCAAUGUAAAGAACCUCCCUGCAACUUUUCCGUCCACUGGGGAUGCUGUUGGGAACUUCAAUGAUAUUCCGCUCAAGUUUAUGAAACAGAGAGGUGACAACUUCACAGGUAUGUGUAUCAGAUUUGGCAAUAUUGGCUGGCUCAUGGCCUCUGUGUUUCAUAUCUGAUUUUUCAUUAUGUUUAUUAAUGUUUGAGGACUUGUAGUUUGUUUAGGUCCUACAUGAAUUGUAUCAAGACAUGAUUGCCAUCUGCUUUAUAUUUGGUUGUUAUUGUUUCAACUGA